CGCCACGCUGCGAGCUGAGUACGCGUUUGCUCCGAGGUGCUUCUUUCUCUCCUUCAUUCGUCUCUGCUUCUCCUCUCUUUUUUCUCCCGUAUCUCUAUUUGACCACCUCCGUCUUCCUAUUGCACUAUGUUCUCUCCUUCACUUUCUAACUCUCGUUUCUUCUCGUUUCGUCUCCUCUUAUUCCGAUCGAGUCAUCGUUCUUUAAGAAAGAUAAUGCAGUUCUCUUAAAGGAACAACGAGAUUUCUCUUCAACUCACCAGCUGAAGGAAAGCGAACUUGUGAAUCAGGAUUUGUUUGAUAUAUCUCCAUGGUGAAGGAGCGAGAGAAAAGACAAAGAGUUGUGUGGGUGGAAGAGAGAGAUAAUCGCAAAAUCGACUUGGAGGUUCGAAGCUCCAGGUUUGGAGCUUGCGCCGCCGCGAUUCGGGAGCUUGGACUCGCGUGCGACAGCGCAGCGGAUCUUGACAAUUUUCUCACAUUGCGAAUGCGUCGAUGAGAGCUCGUCCCUGGAAUCACAGCGAAUUUGUACUGAAUCGCUCUUAUGUACGAGCAAACGAAUGUCGAGUGGGCGAAUAUGUCGCGAAUUCGUGUAAAGAGGAAUCAUGACCGUGGAAAAAGGACGUUAGAAUAUACAAUCGACAACUAUUACACAUGUGUCGCUUCGCUCAAACGUGGAAACGAGCUCUUUCGACCACGUCGACUUCCGUUUAUGCCUAAUAAUUAAUCUAAGACUACGGAAGAAAACUCUUAUACAAAUGUAUGUAUGAAGGUUUUUCAUCGAAGAAUAUAUAUCCACGAGGAGGCAAGAAAAGGGGCGCGAGGAUCGUGACAGCUUCAAAGAUCGACGCAUUCGGAGAUGUUCUUCAAGGGCUGCGCGGUCCAGGACUGGACAACUCACUCGUGUAAAAGGAUGUAUGUGCUGUCGAUAUGUGACUCGAUACGAGGGAGUCCUGUGAGAACGUGCUACAUCAGGUGCUUGACGCUUGACAGAACCAAUUUUACUGGAAAUUGCAAGGGAUUGCAAGUGGAGAUCCGAGAACUUAUAUUCUGAAGAGUAAAUAUAUGAUGGCAUCACCAAAGCUUUAUUACGAGACGCUCC